UCCAUGAGUCAGGAGCCACCUUGAGAGGAAAAAGAAGCCAAGGGAGGAAAGAAAGCUGCCUCAACGCAACUUGUAGGAUUUUUGUCGAGUUUUUCUACCUGCUUCUCUCACCUGAUGGAACACCUGGAGCCUGAGCCCGGGGACAGAAGCCUCCAGAAAGGUGCUGGGAAAGAUUUCCUCGACCUCACAUGCACUCCAGCUUUACGAUGAACAGUUAAGACCUUCUGAGCACACUGACAGAAGCCUACAGUAAAAUAUGCAAUCGAUCAAGCAGGAGGUGGACUCCAGUGGGCCCUACAGCGGCGAUGACGCCCUGGUCCUGGCUGUGGCGCUACAAGGAGCCAACAGAGACCUGAUGGAGCAUAAACUCUCUCCAAUGCCCUUCAAGACUAAAACCACCUGCCGCAGGAAAAGGGAGUUCAUCCCGGAGGAGAAGAAGGACAAAGUUUACUGGGAGAGGAGGCGCAAGAACAACGAGGCGGCCAAACGCUCCAGGGAGAAGAGGCGGAUAAAUGACAUGGUACUGGAGAACAAGCUGAUGGCGCUCGGGGAGGAGAACGCCUCCCUGAAGGCCGAGCUGCUGUCGCUGAAGCUGAAAUUUGGCCUCCUGAGCUCGGCGGCGUAUGCACAAGAAGUCCAGAAGUUGUCCAGCUCUGUCAACCUCUACCAGGACUUCAUUCCACCCAGCGCUGCAGAGACCCCCAGCAGGGAUUCAGAGCCUCUUCAUGUCCGUAGCAGCUGCAUAUCAGUCAUCAAGCAUUCGCCUCACAUGCCUGAGGCGUGUGCUGCAGCUCAGGGCAGCUUCAGGACAGCAGAGGUCAAGCAGGAACCGGCAGAGAAUGGCAGCUAUGCACAAGAGAGGAGCAGCCCGUAUGACCUCUACAGGAAGUUCAUCUCCAGCCCUCUGCCUGGGGUCUACUCCCAGCCACCCUCCUUCCUGCAGAUCACUAGGUCGUCCAGUAACUCCCCGCGGAGCUCAGAGGACGGCGCUGUGAGUAAAUCCUCAGACGGCGAGGAUGAGCAGCAGGUGCCCAAAGGUUUGACGCCAUCUGUAGCUGACCAGCGGAGCGUCAUCGUCUCCAACCACAAAGUGCCAGAUUCAGGUUCUUCAGCUUUGCCGCAUAAACUCCGAAUCAAAGCCAGGACCGUUCAAAUCAAAGUGGAGGCCAUCGACCCCGAGUACGAGUCGUCUGGGAAGUCCUCGUCUCCUGUCAGCAGCUCAGACGGAGGGUGCUACCCGACCACCCAGUCCUCCCCGUGUCCGCUGUCCCUGCAGGUCUCUGACAUGCAGGACUGGAGCCAGCGGACCGAGCAGUGGCACAAAAACAGCCCAGAGACUCUGCAGAAGAGCGGUAGGCUGAGCCCAAGCCCGAACAAACCGGCGCCCGUGGGUGCGAAGGACCCGGUGUGUGCACAAAAGGACUCGUACCCAAAACAAGGACUCGCUGACCUGUCGGCACAAGUGGCCACGCUGAAAAGACUGAUCGCAACGCAGCACGGCUCGGUGAUCGAGUCGACCAAAAGCCCCGCCGAUCAUCAUGACGUGGCGCCGAGGGGAAGUCCCUCUGAAUGACCUUUGUAUGUUUUGUAUUUUCACUGUAUUUGCUGUUGCACUGUGUGGUUCACAUUAGGGUUCAAACCUGUUUUUAUCAGCGUACAUUUUCAGAUUAAAGACGGUCAAACCAUGCCAGAGUCUCUGACAGGGAGUGAAAAGAAAGAGAACCAGCAACAAGACGGUUCAUCGAUGCUUGAUCCAAUGAUUAGUCUGAAUAAUCCUCAGGUUUGAGGUGUCAACACGAUUAUUUCACUGCUCCAGAUCGGGUCGGAGCUCCCCAACCUCAAACAUGUCUGAUCACGAAUACCCUAACCUGUGAGGUAAAUGGAACACGCCAUAUGUUUUCUUUAUCAGCCACUCCAUUUGCUUCUACUCUGCUGUUCCUCUGCGGUCUUUAAAUGUGCAGAUUUUUUAUAUGAAAUCCCUCUGAGGAACAAGCAGGAUGAGCAUCAUUGAGAGGGCAGGAAGUCCUUCAUCGUAACAAUCUAUGCAGGAGCAACAUGAAAUUUCCACAGACUACAUGGUGUUAGCAUGCAUUUAAAUCCAGGAGACUUCUGAUCAGUGAUGCCAGGGUAGGUUAGAAAUAAACGCCUCUUUAUCCUUUCAGAUGUGUUUAUCACUGCUGUGGGCGGAGCCUAAGUCAAGGACGUUAUCUGAGGAUUCAUAACGACAAACAUAAGCGUGAUGGUUCAGGAGGUGUGGAGCUUUUAUGGAUCAUUAUUCCCCCUGCAGUCACUCUGCUUUGGUUUGUAAAGAGUUCAGCGCUGUCAGGCCUUUCUAUGCCUUAAAACUGAAAUGUUUAAGUUAAAAAUGUUGUAGCUUUUCUGUGCCGGGGUGGUGACGGAGCAGCAGUGUGCAGCGACAUAGUUCUUCUUCUGUGUUGGAGGAAUGUUUCCACAAAGUUUCAGUCAUAGGGCUGGACAUUUUCUGAGAAUUUCCCCAAAAUUUCUUGAAAAGAACUUUAGUGUUACAGUAGGCAUGAUGUGCUUUCCCACCAUCAAAUCUAAAGUGACGUUUGUUUUAGCCUACAUGUGUGAUGGUGCUGCACCAUUUUGGUAAAACUGCAAUUGCAAUUCUACCGGAAAAUAUAGCGAUUUUCUAGACCAGAGGUUUUCAAAGUGUGUGAGUGAGCCUCCCCUAAGAAGAAAUUAUUCAUUCAGUGGACCCCCACCCACAACAAUGAUUCAAAUUUAAAAAAAAACAUUUCAAACAUUUAUGUCUAAUCUUUAAACAU